ACAAAUCUGCUCUUCUAAUCGUUCUCCACUUCCAGGCCUUCUGACUUACGCGGAGCAUUGAGCGUUGAAGGAGUGAUCGAUGUGCAAAGAGGGAAAAUCGAAGCUUGAACCUGCGAGGAAGAAUUGAACACCAGCCGCGCCGCCGCCCGCCCACCUCACCUGUGUCGUCCGCCGUCUGGCCCGUCCCUGCUUCUUAUCUGGACUCAGGCAGUCCGCCGCCUUUGCCUCCCUCCAGGACUCCAGCCGGCCUCCAGAAUGGAUAAGGAACACAUUGCCAAGAAAGGAAAGGUGUUGAUUUCAUCAUUCUUUCCAAAAGUGAAUCGUCAAACUGGUGAAGGAAGUUCUGAACCUAUACCUACAAUAGUGCAAGAUCCACUCAAUGAGGUUCCUCCACAUGCUCAAGUCCCUGAAAUCCAAACUAUAUAUCUCAAAUUUGGAGUUGCCUCCAUCUUUUUCUAUUGAGAGAGACCCGGGAAAAAGAAAGCAAAUUCAUGAAUAUCAUGUCAAUAUACGAGAUGAAGUGAAACGUGCAUAUCUAAAUGUUGGGCCUUAUCAACCGAGAAUGGAAGCUUAUCCAUUUAAAAAGAUUGGAGCUCAAAAACGAAGUUUUCAGAAACACUGGUUUGACAAGUUUAAUUGGUUAGAGUAUUCACCUGUGACUGAUAAAGCUUACUGUUUUUUCUGCUUCCUUUUCUUGAGUGACAUUCAUAUGCAUACUACUUCUGCAUUAGUUAAGGAUGGAUUUCAAAGUUGGAAGAGGAUAAAUCAAGGAAGUCAAUGUGCAUUUCUUCAGCACGUUGGUACUAAAAAAAAAUCGCCUCAUGUGAUGUGUGUUGAAAGAGCUGAAAAUUUGAGGCAACCAUCUGGUCAUAUUAAGAAUGUUUUGCACACUCAAUCGCAACAAGAAUAGGAGAAAAAUCGUUUGCGGUUGAGAACUUCUAUUAUAACUGUUCGAUGGUUAGCACCUCAAGGUUGUGCCUUUAGAGGUCAUGAUGAAUCUCUAACAUCAUCAAAUCGGGGAAACUUUAUUGAACUAGUAAAAGCUUUUGCGAGUAUGAAUACCAAAGUUCAAGAAGUUGUGCUUGAGAAUGCUCCAAAAAAUGCUCAAUACAUUGCUCCUGAGAUUCAAAAAGAGAUCUUGAAUAUAAUGGCGAAUAGAGUUCGUCAAAUGGUUCGUUAAGAAAUUUCAAAUAGUUGUUUCUGCAUUCUUGUUGAUGAAGCACAAGAUAUAUCUAAACAGGAGCAGAUGGCGAUUAUUAUAAGGUUUGUGAACAGCAGUGGAAUUCUUACAAAGCGUUUCUUUGCCAUCAGAAGUGUUGGUGACACUGUAGCAACAACCUCGCGUAGGGCACAACUUAAAUGAUGUUUUGAUGAAUAUUUAAAGUGUUAAUGACUAUACUUAUUAUUACGUAUGUGUAUUUCAAUUUUUUUCCCUAGCCCACCCCAUUAGGACUUUCUGGAUCCUCCCCUGACUAGAGCACUAGGGUAAUCAUAAUGAUGACGACUCAUUAUCAUGUAGCUAACCCCAAACUCUUUUGGAACUAAGACGUGGUCGUUGUUGUAGUACUCAUUGCCAUGUAUUUCC